AUGAGCGGCAGACGGCCACCCAUCGACAAGCGCAAGUCGUCCACGCUGCACUACCAGACCUUUCCAACGAAACCGCCGACAUCACGAGGCCCUCGACAGUCGAACUCGCCACCCAAUGGCCCAGCAAGCUGCUCAGAGGCAGACGAACAGCACCAUGAGUCACCAUUGCCUACAAGGCAGCUCAUCGUGCUGGCCAUCAUUGCGCUUGCCGAGCAGACAGCCCUCAACUCGAUCAGCCCAUAUCUACCAGAGAUGACAAAAAGCUUUCCAGAAGUCAAGGAGGGACAGACUGGGCUGUACGUAGGGCUUAUCGCCUCAUCGUUUGCUCUGGCGCAAUUUACGACCAACUUCUUCUGGGGCUGGCUGUCAGACAAGAUAGGGAGGAAGCCUGUUAUCAUCACUGGUACCCUCUUGACGCUGGUAUCAUUCCUUGCUUUCGGAUUCUGCAAAACCCUAUGGCAGGCUGUUCUUGUCCAAGCAUUCAUGGGAAUAGUUAACGGUAACUCUGGAGUCGUGUCCACGUGUUUGGGCGAGAUCACGGAUCGCAGCAAUCAAUCGCGAGCAUUUACCUAUCUGCCAGUGGUUUAUGGCAUUGGUGGCAUUACAGGUCCUAUCGUUGGAGGGCUCUUGGUUUUCUACCAAAACCCUCUCGAUAAGACCAAGACCAACCCGUACCCGUAUCUACUGCCAAACCUUUUUUCUGCCGCUGUUCUCGCUAUCGAUCUGAUCGUAUGCAUAUUCUUCCUCGAAGAAAGCCUCGAGGAGGCAAGGGAUCUACCACCCCUCGGCAAGAGAAUAGGAAGUUUGUUCACACGGCUCUGGCAAUUUACGAGCUCUACGCGGCCAUCGUACGUGCCCCGCUGGCUGCGCAGAUCGAAGAGUCAUCGCGCGCAACACCUAGAAGGUAUCGACGAAGAAGAUGAAGAUCUGGAUGCAACGUCCGACACCGAUUCAGACGGCAUUGCGCCGGCCCUGUUCCCAGAGACCAACGGCGAAUUGACAAAGAAAGAAAUCCUCAACAGAGAUACGAUCUUGCUCUUAGUCACCUACACAAUCUUUCAGCUGGCCAACAUCUCAUACAAUUCCUUGUAUCCCAUCUUCGCCGAGGAUGUAGAACCCACAGGGCGAGGCCUGAAGCCUGAGGCUGUUGGGCUUUCUUUGUCAUUCGCGGGUGCGAUUACGAUCAUCUUUCAAGUGGGUAUCUUUGGCAAGCUUCGCGGCAAGCUUGGUAAUAAGGUCGCGUACAGAGCCAGCUUGGCUUUGUUCGUAGUAGCCUUCAUAUUGAUGCCGUUUGUAGGCUACAAAGACGACCAAGGGAGUGUUUGGCUGUGGUGUGAGCUCGGUGUGGUUUUAGUGAUUAAGACGAUUGCCGGUGUAGGCGGGCUGACAGCCGCACUUCUUUUGAUCACGAACUCGGCCCCUAAUCACAACGUACUCGGCACUCUCAACGGUUUGGCGCAAACUCUCUCAGCUGCUGGCCGUGCUGCUGGACCUUUCAUCUCGGGAUCGCUCUUCACUGCAGCAACCAAGAUCCAGCCUAAAGGCGAAGCCUUACCAUUUGGCCUAUUUGCUGGCAUCUCAUUGUUAGGGUUCGCCAUGAGCUUUGGUAUUCGUGGUGAGAAUUUGGAGGCUGAAGGAUGGAGCGACGAAGAAGAUGACGAAGAUGAAGAAGAAGAUAUUGGUGAUGAGAGGCAAGAGACGAAUGAGCGGUCUGAGCUUCUACGCAAGUAG